ACCAGACGGACGUCUUUUCCAAAGCAUAAUCACAUAAUCACCACAAACAACACACAACAGACGGCCUGUGUCAAACAGAACGAACCCCCCGAUCUCAGGGAGCAGAGCCAACCAAGGCGCUCUCCCAUCUGUUUUUCUUUGUCAGACAAGAUGGCGCCCCGGUUAGCGCCACGCUGCCUACAACUGCUCCGACCUCGCCUCCAGCCUCAGUUUAUCACUCCUCCCACCAGUUCCUCCCUGUCACCAUCCUCCUCCUGCAUCUCCGGCAAUGUCGCACUCCUCCUCCCCCGAAUCUCCCAGCGCGGCGUAAAGUCCGGCUGGUCCACCCUUAAACCCCGAGACGCCCACCAGGCCCGUUACAACCAGGCGCCCGGCCUGCCCGAGCUGUCGGCGGGGCCCGACGCGGCCCUGGCCCGCAAGGAGAAGACGACACCGCUCCGCACGGGCGUGCUCGCCGUCAAGAAGGGGAUGACGUCCGUCUUCGUCGGCAAGAAGCGCGUCCCCGCCACCGUCCUGCAGCUGGACCAGGUCCAGGUCGUCGCCACCCGGCACCGCGAGAAGCACGGCUACUGGGCCGUCCAGGUCGGCCUGGGCCAGAAGGAACCGCGCAACGUCACCCGGCCGCUGCUGGGCUACUUCGAGGCCAAGGGCGUCUACCCGAAGCGCCACCUCGCCGAGUUCCGCGUCCGCAACGAGGAGGGCCUGCUCCCCGUCGGCGUGCAGCUGCUCCCGGACUGGUUCCAGAAGGGCCAGUACGUCGACGUCCGGUCCAACAGCCGCGGCAUGGGCUUCGCCGGCGGUAUGAAGAGGUGGGGUUUCGCCGGCCAGGGCGCGUCCCACGGUAACUCCCUGAACCACCGUACCAUGGGUACCGCCGGUCCCUCGCAGGGUUCCGGUUCCAGGGUCAUGCCGGGGAAGAAGAUGCCGGGCCGGAUGGGCAACGAGCGCGUCACGGUGCAGAACUUGACGGUUCUGCAGGUCGACAAUGAGCUGGGCAUCGUCAUCGUCAGCGGGCCCGUGGCGGGUCCCAAGGGGUGUGUCGUCCAGCUGCAGGACGCCGUGAAGCGCAAGCCCCCAGCAAUGCCCUACCGAGAGGCCAAGCUGGUCGAGCUGCUUGAGAAUAACAAGGAUGCCGAGGCUAAGCUGCAGGAAGCCCGAGAGAGGCAUCUUGCCAUGAAGGAACAGAGGAGGGCCAAAGUCGAGCUGGCAUGAAAGUCGUUGUUAGAUGGAAGUGACGACAGGUUGGAGGAGCGAAAAGAGAACGGAAGUGGAAAUGGGGGACACGCGCCACGGAUGGCAAAAUUGAUCAACCCCCAUGCGGGAAGGGGUGGAUAACAUGGAAGGAGAUAGAUAUAAUUUUGUACAAUACACAUACAUGUUGUACAUGUAGGUCAAUCGGGUGUGAGGCGCUAUAUCGAUGCCUCCCGACAGAAAACACGAGGGGGGUAGGCGACUUUUCCCUUCCCGUAAGCGUCCUGUCCCAAAACUACGCUCGAGUCCCACGCUU